AAGAAAAAAUUGAAAUAAUUGCUGAAAUUACAACAAUAAUACUAUCACUUGCGAAAUUAGAAAAACGAAACGAAAUUGUUUUACAGUGAGAAACGCAACAAUUUGCUAACAGUGCCACAUUGCUUGCGAGCGUCAUAAAUAUUUGCCGGCAUUCUUAUUUGCUUGCACAGCGACGUUGAAUUACGAGGUGUUCGCCGCAAUUUUGUGUGCGCUUCCGGCGCCAUUUGUGCAUUUCCGGUCGCGCGGGCAAGCGUGCGUGUCAACACACAUACCAACGAAGUGAAAGUGCUAGCCGAGUUGGUGUAUAAAUGAAAACACAAGAAAGACCUAGCAAUUGCGAUCUAAACAGUUUACUGAAACCACAAAUCCUUCUGAAAGUGAACGAAACACAAAAUGUAGCAGUUAUAAGCAUAUAUAAGACAUAGUGAUCUAUCAAAAUCUUUCUGUAUAAUUAAAAAUAUACAAAGUGAAUAGUUUUAUAAAGUAAAGCAACCAGAACACAACAAACAAUUAUAAUGAAGUUCAGUAACGCGAUAACACUACGUUGGAUUUGUAGUUCGUUAUUAGGCCUUAUAACAGUCGCGGCCUGGCCAGAAAUUCCUUCAAAAGGCAAACACACGCGGGUGCAGGACGCGCAGAAGAUCGACGAAAAUGAUCCCACAGCGCCUGGCUUUCCCGAACCCAUCAAUAACGUGACCGUAUCUGUGGGCAGAGAUGCGCUGCUGGCGUGCGUCGUCGAUAAUCUGAAAGGAUAUAAGGUCGCUUGGGUACGUGUGGACACACAGACAAUACUCUCCAUACACCACAACGUCAUUUCGCAGAAUAAUCGCAUCAGUCUGAGUUAUAAUGAUCAUCGCUCUUGGUAUUUGCAUAUUAAAGAGGUGGAGGAGAGCGAUCGCGGUUGGUACAUGUGCCAAGUGAAUACGGAUCCAAUGCGCUCACAAAAGGGCUAUCUACAAGUUGUGGUACCUCCCGUCAUAAUUGAAAGCAUGACCAGCAAUGACAUGGUGGUCCGUGAAGGUCUGAAUGUGACACUUAUGUGCAAGGCACGCGGUUAUCCGGAGCCAUAUGUGAUGUGGCGGCGCGAAGAUGGCGAGGAAAUGCUCAUCGGCGGUGAACACGUUAACGUAGUUGAUGGCGAGCUGCUGCAUAUAACCAAAGUGAGUCGCCUGCACAUGGCCGCCUACCUCUGCGUCGCAUCAAACGGAGUGCCGCCAUCCAUCAGCAAGCGGGUGCACCUGCGCGUGCAAUUUCCGCCGAUGCUUUCCAUCCCCAAUCAGUUGGAGGGCGCAUAUGUGGGGCAGGAUGUGAUAUUGGAAUGCCAUACAGAGGCGUAUCCAGCGUCCAUAAACUACUGGACAACCGAGCGCGGUGAUAUGAUUAUAUCGGAUACGUCGCGUGCUGGCGACAAAUACGAGACAACCUCAACGGUUAGUGGUUACACGAAAUACAUGAAAUUAAAAAUACGCUCUGUGGGUCCCAACGAUUUCGGUACUUAUCGAUGCGUCGCUAAAAAUUCAUUGGGCGAAACGGAUGGCAACAUUAAACUUGAUGAAAUGCCAACACCCACAACUGCAAUAAUAUCGGAGAAUUCUGCUUGGAAUCGGAGUUUAGUUGGUAAACACCGCCAUAGAAAUAAAUUUGACUUGAAUGCCUUACCUGAUUAUGGGGUCGAGGAGUGGCGCGACGGUGUCGGCAAUGGCGUGGCAGGCAAUUCGUUGGGCGAUAAUAAUCAAACGCCAGUGCGUAAUCCUCCGGGCGCUUUUCACAAUUCAGCAAACUCACUGGCGCAACAUAAUCUACUUGGCGGUAUAAUUCUUUGGAUUAAAAUGCAAUCAUUUGGGAUUUACAAGCGUUUAUCGAGUUGGUGCCAAAGCAAGCGGCAACGACAACACCAACAACGCCAACCGAACGCGGCAAAGCCGCAGCAAAGGCAAACACAACCGCAACAGCUGGCGGCCAAGCAACAAAAAAAUGGAAAACAACGCGCACAACAACACACACAACAACAAGAACAACACCAAAUGAAAUGGCUACCAUUAAAGUAUCAACCAAAAAAUCAUUUUUCUUCUUCGCUUCAACGGUGCGUCACUGCGUAUGAGCAAUCAGCAGAACGGCACCACAAAGGAGGAGAGACGGCGGCGGUGACGGGGCGCACUUGCGGUGUGGCUGCUUACACGCAACGCGGUUGCUUACAGCAGUCAUCUCAAUGGCUGAUAAGGCGAAUUGAUGCGUCGUGCGCGGCAUUCGAGGACAGUGAGGUGAAAAUGGAAUAUGAAAACGGGAAAAGUAAUGAGUUGCCGAACAAAGUCAGCGUCGCGCUCGAGCCAUUACACAGCCAUAUGCCGAUGAUUUUGCGGCCACUAGCGUUGACAGCGCCAUUUUUACACGCCAUAUCGAGUGGUGUAUCAGCUGAAACAACAAAAACAACAACAACAGCUACACAAAUGCUUACGAACUUGUUGUUUGUAAAGACAAUGGCGGCAAAUAGCGCUGAAAAUUUCACAUUGCAUACGCAAAAAUUAGCCGAGAAUAUCGACGCUGCUGAAAGACUCAGCGGUGCGCGCUCUAAAGAUGCGGCGGAGGGGUCUGUGAUUGGUGACUGCCAUAGCAGUGUUAGUGGGAGAGUAAGCUGCAGCAAGGGAGUGAGUGAAAUGCUGCACGCCUCUAGGCGAGACCCACAAAUAUGCGAUAACAACAACAACAACACUCAAAAUGCAAAUGGAAACAGUUAUGCGGGUGUCUCUACCACAUGUAUGACUGAGAAUGAGCGCGGUAAUAAAGACACUAAGCAAGCCACAAAUGUCUGCAACAACAAUAAGCGUAGCAAUAAGACAGUCUACAAAGUUUGUGCUAAUUCUAGUCGUUACAGUGCGUUUGACAGCAAAACAAACGAGAACUUUCUGGUGUCACUUACAAAACUCAGUUUUGCGCUUGUGUUUGUAGCAGUUGCGCUGCUGCUGACACACGCAGACAUCGGCACUGUCCUUGAGCGCUACUUACCGUUAGUAUUAUUAGCCACAUAUGCAAGUCAGGUUAAAAUACAUAAGCAAUUACAACAACAAUACGCACGAGUGCUAAAUAGCCACCGAAAAACCGUGUGUAACAAUGCCAGCAGCAACAACAACUACAAAAGCCACAACAGCAUUUCCGAUUAG